AUGCUGAAGGCUGCUUGCGGCAAGCCUAGCCGUAGCAAUGGCAGCGGCAUCGGAAGCGUGGUUUCAAAGCACAGGGCAGUGCAUUUACAGGCAUGGCCAGCUGAAAAACACAGGAGCCCUGUCGUGAGGCUGAGAAGGCGCGGCUUGGGCUUGUUGUGGAUGGCCGGCCUAAUUGUGGCGAUGGCAUGCAUCGCUGCCAAUGCCCGCGCAGCACCAGCACCGCCGCGCACUGACAUGCAGGACUUGCCGGCCGCUUCCAGUGAACAUGCGAAGGAAGAGACUUCACGUCCCACCGAAUCGGUGGGCCACGAGGAUGGCCAAUUCGCGAUCCCAGAUGUCAUGUCUGACGUGAAGAAUGCCAACUGGACCGCGUGGGUGGCGCGUGUACGGGAUCCUGCAAAUCGCAGCUACGUUGUCGCCGUCGCCAUGUGCGCAGACUUGGCCGUCAUUUUCGCCGGUUACGAUUUCCUCCGCCUCUGGUUAUUUAUGGGCGGAUUCGUGACGGCGGCAGGCACAUUCUUCUUCUUCUCACCAGAAGUGCUUGACUUUGACAUGUGUUGCGGCCCAGGCACAGAGAACGCGCGUGCGGUUGUGAGUGUGGUGCUUGGGCUGCUAGCUGGUGCCAUGGCCCUGUGGGUGCUGCGUGCUGGCAUUUUCCUCACCGGCAGCUGCCUCGGCCUCGUCCUCUCCCUCUUCAUCAAGGGAUUCCUGACCCGCGUGGGUGUGAGCAACAUAUCUGCAGACACGAUUGCGCUCGUGUAUGUGGUGGUUGGCCUGGGAUACUACCAGCACUGCCACUUCACGGAGGUGAUUGAGGUGGUUCACGAACAUCUUCGACACCACGACCGCGGCGCCCACGCACCGAGCGCAAGCGAGCCACACCUCGAGCCGUGCGAUGACAUUUUGCUCGGAAUUUGGGUCCUGUUGUCCUUCGCCGGCGCCGCCUUUCAGUUUGGGAGCUGCUCGUCCAAGGAGGACCAGCAGCACGACCUCCACCAUCGCCGCCAGCGGGGCAACGGGCACGCGCAUCACGCGGCACCGCUUGUGCUCGUGCGCUCAUCGUCAUCGAAACGAAGUGGAAGGAGAAGGGGUGCACAUGCUGGCAGCCGCAACGGCAGUGACGGUGAUGCCACAGGUGUUCAGCGAUUGCUACGCGCGAGCAGCGUGCGGCAGGGUCGUCGUGGCAGUGGCGGUAACAGCACUGGCAGCGGUGGUGGGAGUGGGAGUCGACGUGCUAGGAGGCGUGGUGGGCGACAUCGUGUUGGUGAUGACCAUCCCGAGGUGUCCCUCUUCAGUGGCCUCCAACACAGAGGUGCAACAUCUGCUACAGCAGCAACAGCACAGUAUCAGCCGCUCCCAACGCAUGACGACAGUGGUGGUGGCGUAUUGCAGCAGCACGACCACCAUCAUCAUCACCAUCGUCACCACCAUCGUCAUCGUCACGGACGCGAUCGCAAGAUGACGGCGCGGCAACGGCGCAGAGAAGAGCGACUGCUGCGGACGUACGGUCCACACAUCCUCGUCAGCUCGAGCUCGGAGGAGCGUGAGGAGGACUCAUCACUCCUGGAGGACUACCGCGACACAUCAUAG